GAUCUGUUGACGCGUACAGCGGUAGGCGCUUGUUGGUCCACUUCGCGCUUCAUCGUUCCGUUGUCGCUUCUUUCGGCAUCUUUGCCUGCUCUCGCCGCGUUCAUCAAUCUUGGCAACACCGCAUCACGCGCUUGUCCACGCCCGCGGGCCCAUCGCAUCUCUACACGCAACACCUACCAUGGUCGGCACAUGGACGGAGAAGCAUACACAGAAGUACUUUCGGGCCGCGGUGAAGAAACGCGUGGAUUUCAUCGGCACGCGCAAACAUUUAGAGUUCACGGACCAGGUGCCGCCCACGCACGAGUGGACGGCUGAGCUGCUUGAGCAGUUCAACCGCAACCUGCGUGGUGUGUACAAUGGGCCUUUUGACUGGGAGACGACGGAGGUCCUGUUGAUGAAGUACAUCAUGACGGACGACCUCUUGAACUCGCUCAAGAAUCUAUCAAAAGACGUCGCGCUGCCUCACCUUGUGCGGCUCGUCCUGGACUGGGCCUGCUGGGACCCGCCGGAGGAGGGAGCGUGGCCGCCGGGCUUGAGCAUGCGCCGCUACUUCAUGAAAUGGCGCCACUGCGAGCCGCUGAACUUCAAGUCGGACACGUCGACCGACGUCGACAUGGAGCAGGCGGCCAACGCUCUGCUGGAUAUGUGGAUCGCCAAUGACUGUCUGUAUGCGGACACACCUGUGCAGUAUUGCGAGGCGGAGGAUGUCCCUGGGGUGACGCAGUACAAGUUGAGGAUGCAAGAUGUCACGGACGAACAGCGACGCGAGGCGGCGGAGGCGUUGGAGGCAUACCUGAACCAGGAGUGGCGGUGCGGUGCGCCGUUGCAGAUGAAGGCCUGGAUCAAGGUCAGGUCGUACAAGAGGCCAGAGAACCUGCCUCCGGCUGAGAACGACACGGUGAUUCGCGGGCCAUACAUGUGCAUACAAUGCGUCAAGGCUUGCAUCCUCGAAUGCCGUGUUCCAAACGAUACCGAAUUACCCAAGUGCGUGUCGUGCCGUGUGCGCAAGAUCAAGUGCGCCUAUCAGACCGAGCUGGUUGAUCCGCAUGCGGACCCAGCCUUCUUCAACCCGCCCCGCGCGCUAUCCAAGGCAUCGGUCUCUCAAGGUUCCAGUGCAGGUCCGUCGUCCGCGAAGCGCACAGCAGACACGUUGUCUGAGGAGGAGAGGGAGGUGAAGCAUACCCGGUCUUGAAGGGCGUUUGUGCGUGACACUACUGUAGUAUCGUGGUAGCACUCCGUUUAAUGCGAGGAAUUAGCAAUCUGUUUCUUGCAAAUACCCGGACUAUUACAUUGACAUGGCGCCGCUGCCUGAUGUCAUGCGCGUGCAUCCACACCUCCGGUCUCAACGUUUACCAUGUCUCGAGUGCGCAUCAUCCUUACCAUCCACCAGGUGCGCCCACAGUGGCUUCGGAACACGGCCCGCGGAACACGGUCAUAUGACGUGGCCAGCCAUCUGUGCGACGCGCUCAGCGUCUAAUUCGGACGGCCGGUGUGGC